AGGUCAGCUGAAGUACUAUUGGAAUUAAACGAAGAAUAUUGUUUUACGAUACAAAAUAGCUAAAACAGUUAAUAGAAGUCGCAAAGUGAUUAUGAAUCAUUUACCGAUGAAAAGAGAUUCAAUUUAGAGAGACCUGAUGGCUUCCACUACUAUCAUCAUGAUUUAUGAAAAGAGCAACAACAUUCGAGUUGUCGGCCUAUAGGAGAUGCAAUGAUUCGAGAAGGUAAAGUUUGGAUAGGUGAUAACGAGGUCGCGUGGCGGACCGAACAGUCUUUUAAGAGGACCUCACCCCUAAAUCCUUCCACCACCACGACUACCACGACAACGACAGGUGGUGGAGCACUGGCACACCCCCACCUGUCACCACCUAUUGCUGCCCCCGUAACCACUCCCGAUCAUAGAAGUCCCAGCAGCCUCCACGUGAAACUCGGGAUCUCUCCUGCCAGCGACGCGCUCGGCCGAAUCGAUAAGGAGCCAGCCUCUCCGGAAUCCAUACAAGAUGCAGACCUUCACGGCGAAGUGGACGGACCGGACCUCAGCGGCGACGAUAGGAGUAUCAAUAGUGAUAUUCAAGACGCCACUGAAGCGAACCUCGAUCAUGAUUCCAUGGACUCGGACAGGGAAGCUCUCAAUUUGAAUGUACUCCAGGUCACGGACGUGUCGCAGCGGAACAGCAGCAGCGGAACUAGCGGCAGCGCUUCCUCGCCUAGUUCCGGGGUGAGUAGUCAGUUAACUGGAAAUCAUCAACAGCAACAGCACACGGCAGGCCAGUCGAACAACAGCAACUCGCAAGCUGCCCUGGCUGCUCAACUAGUCAGCCAGCAAUUGCUGAUGCACGGAUCUCUCGGCGCUCUCGGGCCGCAGGAAAUUCAAGCGCUGGCGUCAACGUUCCAACAGCAACAGCAGUCGCUGCAGCAACAGCUGCAGCAACUAGCAAUGUUUCAGCAAGCCAACUCCGCCGCGGCUGGCCAACUUCCGGCCCAGGCGCAGUUCUUCUUGCAGAACCAGGGGCUGUUGCAGAGCGGUGGCUACUCCUCAAGAUCCAGUCAUCCGCGCUCACAGUCCACGCAGGUGCAGCAGGCAGUGGCACAGGCAGCCCAGCAAUUGCAAGCUCUGCAGAAGCAACAGGCUCUUCAAGGUAGCGGAGGCUUAGUUGGUCGAAGUCUGAGCCAACAAAGGUCGCCACCGCCGCCUGGAACACCUCCAGCGGUGAAACAGCCGCCACCAAGAUUGGAACCAUCGCCGGAGGAGACCACGGACCUCGAGGAAUUAGAACAGUUCGCCAAGACCUUCAAACAGAGGCGGAUCAAACUCGGCUUCACCCAAGGCGACGUUGGACUCGCCAUGGGCAAACUUUACGGCAACGAUUUCUCCCAGACGACGAUCUCCAGGUUCGAGGCGUUGAAUCUUUCGUUUAAGAACAUGUGCAAAUUGAAGCCGCUUCUGCAGAAAUGGUUGGAGGACGCGGACAACUCGCUGAACAACCCGAAUUCACUUUCGAACCCACUUACCACACCGGAAGCGAUAGGCAGACGACGGAAAAAAAGAACGUCGAUAGAGACCAGCGUGAGGGUCGCUCUGGAGAAAGCGUUCGUGCAAAACCCGAAGCCUACUUCGGAGGAAAUUACCGUGUUAGCGGACACUUUGGCCAUGGAGAAAGAAGUAGUCAGGGUAUGGUUUUGUAACAGACUUGUAACAACGUAUAACGAAGCGCUUCAUCGCCGCAUCCCGCCUCAUUGCAGACGACAGAAAGAGAAAAGGAUCAAUCCACCAACGGCUGCGAUGGGCAGUCCGACAAUGGCAUCGCCAGCACCUUCGGUCUUCGGAUCACUCGCCAGUAGUAUGUCCGGCAGCCCUCUUGCUCUGACGACUCAUUCAUCAGGCAUCGCGCAUCCUCAUACCCAUCAGACACCUCUCGGUUCGCCGUUACCCUUGGCCUUGGUGGGUUCUGCAAGUGGAAACUAUCAUCCGCUCAGCAGCAAGUCUCACGAGUGACACCAGCCCACCCAUCAGGGGGAGACGCUUUACCAUCAGCACCAUCAACAUCACCCACCACAUCAGCAACAACAGCAACGACGUUUGUGCAAUCUACCAGAAUUUUAUCACUAAUCGUGACGAUGAUUUAGUGACCACUCGAACGUUUGAUUGACUUCAUAGAAUGUUCAAAGCGCGGUGAAAUCGACAGAGUCGAGCGAUGCGCGUUUAUCGAGGUUGGAAAUAGCUGACGGCAUGAUACGAUUCCAAACAUAUCCUGGUAUCUUCACUUGGAAGAAAUUGUAUCAAGAAUGAAAGCAAUCUGUAAUGUUGGAUGAUGAUCGAUGAAUUCGAAAACGAUGGGGAGCCUCGGCGAAGGAGAUCGUUGGUGUCUUUCUCUAUCUUUAGGAACAAGAGACUCUUAACAAAAUUUUGUCGUCUAAAGGUUUGUCCAGCGUUGUACUUCGAACGUUUCGCAUCGCAGUAUCACUUGUGUUUGUCUUCGUUUCGUUGAUUGGAUCGAUUGGCACGAUGUGGCGUGGAAUCGAAUUUCAUAAGGAUCAUGUGAUUAGAUUAUUUUUUUUUAAUUCCCUCGAGCGUAUUUAUUUUACUCGGCAUGAUUUAUAAAAAAAUGACUAGUAUAGAUUUGAAUUUCGUUCUGCAUGCCAAAUAAUUACAGGAUCGUUUCCGCUGAUCGAUGUUUAUUUUUAUACAAGAUGCAAUUAACGACACGAGUACAACCGGCUGUGAACUCUUAUAAAACAAGCCACUUAAUCGGUUUCUGCAGCAUGUCACUUGAAUUGUCAUCAAAUAUUUACAUAUAUCAAAUACAUAUAUUAUAUCAGUAGAGAGAAAAUAGGGGUGAAUCAUUCGACGAUACGUGUAAUUGUCGACUGAUUCUCCUCCGUGUCCUUCGAGUUUCCUUCGAUCCAUCGAGCGAUUUCGUUACACACUGCAUUUCAUGUGCACGUUGUUUCACGGUCUCGAAAAAUUCGGUCGAAUUUUUCGAAAUCGUGAAACCAAAUCAAAAAAGAAGGCUACUCGAGAAUUUCUCUCGUGCAUUCGUGUAACGAAUUACGGCGGAACGUACGAUUCGGAAUAGAAAGAACAGCGAGGAAACGACGAACCUUUUCGUUCAUCGAUCGUGUUGCGAUCAAGACGAUCCCUUCGAAGAGGCCGAACAUUCCUUGAAAGUACUCGCUUCUUCGUGAUAAGCAGGGUUUAUACGCCACUUGCGAGGGAACGUUCUUCGAGAUCGAAAACUUGUUUGUUAUUAAUGAGUAGUCUGCGGAGUUUUAAACAUUUGCGCGAAAUUUACAUUGAAAAAUAAUUUCGAAAUAAUUAUCUGUUACAAUUUACAUUGAAAAAUAAUUUCGAAAUAAUUAUCUGUUACAAUUCGACUAUGGAUUUUCAUGUAUUUAUGUGAGAUUCGAAAACCUCAUCGACCGUGCGAAGCUGCUGAA